GCCCCCGAACCCAGAACCGGGAUUGGCCACAGGCACAACCGCGGCCCCACCCACUGAAGAAAGUAAAUAAGAUCCUGCAAGAAUUUUGCAGUAGCUCCGCCUCACCCACGGCGCGAGGGGGUAUGGCAAGCACUGGGGGCUGAGCCAUGGAAACAUUGCCCUAUGGGGCGGGGAAACUAGACCAGGCCGUGUGUUGGGGAUAGGGUUUCUCUUUGGGGGCGUGGUUUAUGGAUCCUUGCUUUCCCGCCGACGGUUGGCCACGUCACGUGACAUGGGUUGGAAGAUGGCGUCUCCCACAGACGGGGCAGAUCUGGAAGCAUCUUUGCUAAGUUUUGAAAAACUUGACCGAGCUUCACCAGAUCUUUGGCCAGAGCAAUUACCAGGUGUUGCUGAAUUUGCAGCUUCCUUCAAAAGCCCUAUUACUAGCUCUCCACCCAAAUGGAUGGCUGAAAUAGAACGUGACGAUAUCGACAUGUUGAAAGAACUGGGGAGCCUCACCACAGCUAAUUUGAUGGAGAAGGUACGAGGCCUUCAGAACCUGGCCUAUCAGUUGGGGCUGGAUGAGUCUUUGUUAUGACGAAGAGGAGAGGAGAAUGAAAUAAUUGCAGUAGGUAUGCAUGUGAGUUGAGUUUCUUUCCAGGCUUUGGGUGUAAGAAUGACUGUUUCUGCUCCUGGGGAAGUAAACUGACAUUUUCUGAUUUUUUUUGGUUUGUUUAUUCAUUUAGUUUUUGACAUCUAGAGAUUUCAACAAAAUGAAGAGUGUUUUUUUGUUUUAAAUGUAAUAUCAGUUUCUUUUCUUUUUUUUCUUAGUUCGUAAUACUGUUUUGUGUCAGAAAUAUGAUCUGGGAGGGUGAUGAUAUUGCAUGAGAAUUUAUAGGUGAUGACAGAGCACUUUGCUGUAGGAAAUCUAGAAAAAUAUUGACUUUUUGUAUCUAGAAGGGAAGUAUCUCUAACCAGUAAGUCUAAAUUAAAAGCUUGGCAAAAGCUGCCAAUGUUUGGUGUAACUGAAAAAGAUUUGAGAAAUAUAAUGUAAAAAUAGAAUGAUAUUUUUAAAGGAAGAACUGUUACAUUUGAUUGACUCUAGUAUAGGAGAAUACAUUUAAAAUUGGUUGGGUAAUAGUGAAGAAUCCUUUGAGAGGACAGUUGAAUUUGACAGGGUGAAGUUUUGGAUACAGAAUACAAAGAGAAAAGAACUAAAAUAAGACUUCAUAUUCAGGAUAUAAAAAUAUUCCACUGUUCCAUCAUCUUUUUGUUCUUUAAUAAAGUUUUCAAAAUGGAAUUAUAAUAUACAUAGAGAAAAGUACACAAAUUAUAAGGUACAGCUCAAUGAAUUUUCAUAAAAACACUCCCAUAUAACCACACCCAGAACAGAUCAAGAAAUAGAACCUUUCCUAUAUAUAAUACCUCCUUCAUACCCCUCUCAGUCAUUACCUGCCCUUUGCCCAAAGGCAAGCACUAUUGUGACUUAUAAUAUCAUAAAAGAGUUUUGCUUGUUUUUGAGCUUUAUAUAAAUGGCAUCACAAACUGUAUACUCUUUUGUUUCUGGCUUCUUUUGCUCAACAUUUUGAUUAUGACAUUCAUCCAUGUCAUUGUCUUUAACAGUCAUUUGCUUAUUUUCAUUGCUGUGUGGUGUAUCAUUGUAAGAAUGCAAUGUGAUUAAUUUUUUCAUUCUACUAAUAAUGGACAUUUGGACUAUUUCCAGCUUUUGCCUAUUACAAGUAAAUACUAUGAGCAUUCUUGGUAUAUGUCUUUUUAUGGUACACGCAUUUUUGUUGUGUAUAUAACUAGGAGCAGAAUUGCUGGGUUGUGGAUGUGUGUGUGUAUAACUAUCUAGCUUAAGUAGAUAGUUCCAAACAGUUUUCCAAAGUGGUUAUACCAAUUUACAAGCCCACAGGCAAUUUCAUUUGUUCUAUGUUGUUACCAACAGAUACAUUCUCAGUCUAUUAAUAUCUAGCUAUUAAAAUAGAUAGAAUGGUAUCUCAAUGUAGUUUUAAUUUUCAUUUCCCUAGUGACUGAUGAGAUUGCUUUUUCAUGUUUACUGAACAUUUGGAUAACCUCUUUCGUGAAGUGCUUAUUGGUAUCUCUUGCCCUUCUUUAAAAACUGGAUUGUCAAUUUAAAAAUUGAUUUGCAAGUGUUCUUUAUAUGUCUCUGAUAUGCAUCCUUUGUCAGUUAUGUAAAUUGCAAAUAUCUUACCCCACUCUGUGGCUUACCUUUUCACCUUCUUAAUGGUGUAUUUUAAUGAACCAAAGAUUGUUUUUUCUCUUAAAUUUAUGUUUUGUCAAGUUUUAAAUCUCUUUAAAAAGUUUCAAGAAUAGUACAAUAAAUACUUGUGUACCCUCUACUUGUUUAUCAGUUGUUAACAUUUGUCACAUUGGCUUUAUCUAUAUAUAUUUAAUUUUAAAUUUUAUUGUUUUAUUCUUGAGCUGUUUGAGAACUAGCUGCAGACACCAUGACACUUCAUAAAUACUUUAGCAUUAUUUCUUAAGGACAAGGACAUUCUCCUACACAUCUACAAUACAGUUAACACACUGAAGAAAUUUAACAUAAUACAAUAUGAUUAUCCGAUAUGCAAUCCAUAUUCAGAUUUCUCUAAUUUAAACAGAAAUUUUGAAUUUUAGUUUGGCAAUAUUUUCCUUUUUUUGUUAAUGCCACCCCUGUCAUUUUAAUUUAGGUUGUGAUAAUGUCAAAGCUGUAGUAUUUUAGAAAUAAAUAGUAGAUUACUAGUGUAACUUGGGCUGGCUAGUUCUUUUCUUCUCUCACUUCUUCUCCCCCUUGGGAAUAUCAGAAUAUCAUUAUUGCUAUUGAAUGAAAAAAUUCAAAUAGAGGAAGUGAAGGUAUGUUUUCCUCAGCUCACUGGUUUCCUGAUUUGAUGUGUAAGUUUCCUGACAAUCUUGUUGAGUGAUGCAUUUUUAUAUGUGUUACCAUUUGUCAUUUGCAAAUCCUUGGAAAACCACUUUCCUUGAGAAACCAAAGCAUCUUAACUGUCUUCUCUGUUGACUGACUUGGGCACUACAUGAGAAAAGAACUUGCAUAAUGAACUAACACACAGUUGAUGCAUAUAAUGAUUUUAGCAUAGGAAAAGAAAGAAUGAGGAAGAUUUUAGUUUCACAUUAGUAAUUAAAACUUGCUUCACUUGAUUGUAAAAACAGAAGGCAGAUCUUUUUGUAUGUAUUUGGAAACCAUUAUGGCUAGUGGUAUAAGAAAUAUAGAGUGAUUUGGUAAUAUAAAAUGGAAACAGCAGAUCUAAGUAAUGGAGAAUUGUUAGAACACAGAAAAUUUGUUUGGGUGGGAUGGGGAAACCACAGGAAAUUACACUGGAGCCAUUGAUUUCAGUUGGAUUAUUAAUGACUUAGUUAAGUGCUGCGCUUAUAGACCUAACAGUUUGACCUGGAGUGGGAAAUCCACCUUGUGCAGUGGAUUAUUUUAGAAACAGUUGAGCCCACUAGAUAGGUUUCUUUUGAGGAAUAGUUUUAAACAUUAAAAAAAAAAAAGGCAACAACUUCAUGGGGAUUGGAGAUACAUCUUGUGAAAAUGAACCUGUGUCCAAUUCCCCAGUCAACUAGAAAGAAAAGGAAAAAGAGCCUGAGGAAAAAGAGCUUGUUUGGACAUCUUUGUUGUGAAGGUUUAGGGAAUCAGCUUUAGCACUGUGCACAGUUUUUAGUGGCUUACUGUUCAGCAUAAUUUUUCUUUUAAAGUUCAUAGACCCUUUGUAUAAAUGAGUAUAUUGUAACUAAUGUAAAACAUGUGAGCAAUGACUUUAAGUCCCUAUUUCAUGGAUCCAGAACAUGUCCACUGGAAGAUUAGUAUAAUUGUUGGACAUUUUGGGAGAUUGUUUUUAAGAAGAAACUCUUUUUUUUGGCUCAUUGCCCAGCUUGCCAGCUUGCAGGAUCUUAGUUCCCCAACCAGGGAUUAGACCCAGGCCUGGGCAGUGAAAGCACUGAGUUCUCACCACUGGACCACCAGAGAAGAGAACCUCUUAAGAGGCCAGAACCAAGGAAUUAUAUCUUACCUAUAAUUGGUAGGUUGCAAAGCUUAAGUCUGUCCAGUUUAAAGAAAGCUUUGGAAGAGUAUACUAUCUUAUUAUAGUAUACUAACUUAUAGGAAUUGCAUUUUCAAACUAUAGCCUAAGAAACACCUCUGUAUGAGGAAACUAAGGCUAGUGGAGAGAAGAGAUGACCUGAAUAUAACCUAAGGGGAAGAACAAUUACCUGAAGAUAAGUAAGUAGGAACCAGGUGAUAAAUAGCUAAUAGGAAAGGACAAAAUAGUGAUUAAGAGCUUGGGUUCUGGAGUCAUACAGCUUUAUUAUGAAUCUCAAUCUACCACUUAGGCAAGUAACUUAAUUUUCUAAGCCCUAGUUUCUUCAUUUGUGAAAUGGAGAUGAAAACCUUAGAACAGUAAUUAUUAAACUUUUUGGUGUCAGGACUUCUUUACACUCUUAAAAAUUAAUGGUGACCCCAAAGAGUUCUUGUUUAUGUGGGUUAUAUGUAAUUUACUGUUUCAGAAAUUAAAACAGAAAAAUUUUAAAUAUUUAUUAAUUUACUUUUUUAUUUUUUAUUUAUUUUUGGCUGCAUUGGGUCUUUAUUGCUGCGCGCGGUCUUUCUGUAAUUGUGGCGAGCAGGUGCUACUCGUUGUUGUGGUGUGCGGGCUUCUCAUUGUGGUGGCUUCUCUUGCUGUGGAGCAUGGGCUCUAGGCAUGCAGGCUUCAGUAGUUGUAGCACGUGGGCUCAGUAGUUGCGGCACGGGGGCCCUAGAGUGCGUGGGCUUCAGUAGUAAUGGUGCACGUGGGCUCAGUAGUUGUGGUGCGUGGCCUCUAGGGUGUGUGAGCUUCAAUAGUUGUGGCGCAUGGGCACAGUAGUUGUGGCUCGUGGGCUCUAGAGCGCAGGCUCAGUAGUUGUGGCACACGGGCCUAGUUGCUCCGCAGCAUAUGGGAUCUUCCCAGACCAGGGAUUGAACCCAUGUCCCCUGCAUUGGCAGGAGGAUUCUUAACCACUGCACCACUGGGGAAGUCCCUAAUUAAUUUAAAAAUAGGAAUAAACCCAUUACAUGUUAGCAUAAAUAUUUUUAUGAAGAAUAACUACUUUCCAAACAAAAAAUAUUGAGAAGAGUGGCAGUUUUUACAUUUUUCAAAUGUCCGUAAUGUUUGGAUUGAUAAAAAGUUGGAUUUUCAUAUCUGCUCCUUCUUUCAAUAUGUUAUGAUUAUCUUUUGUUAGGUAGUCCCUAGAAAACUUCACUGUUCACUUGUGAGAGAAUAUGUGAAAAAGGCAUCUUAGUAUCAUAUGUAUAGUUUUGAACUCAGGGACCCUCUCAAAGGGGCUUAGUGAUCCCCAGGAUCCCCAGAGGUUUCCUGACCAUUCACUUUGAGAUCUGUUACCUUAGAGUAUUGUUUUGAUGAUUUAACACAAUAUUAUUUAUAAAACCUUAGCAUAAUAUUGGCACUUAAUAGGUGCUUAUAAAUAUUAACUGUUGGGCUUCCCUGGUGGCGCAGUGGUUGGGAGUCCGCCUGCCGAUGAGGGGGACGCGGGUUCGUGCCCCAGUCUGGGAAGAUCCCACAUGCCGCAGAGCGGCUGGGCCUGUGGGCCAUGGCCACUGAGCCUGCGUGU